AUGCCGCGGGCAGGCCUGCCCCUCACGCCGCAGUCAGGGCUAGCCAACCAUCUCGGCCAGUCCCUCCCUGAGCCUCCAGCCAGGGAGCUGAGGACGGGCACAUCAAGCACUGACAGCCAGCAAGCUGGGCACAGGAGCUGUUCAGCCUCUAACACAUCGGCUGAGAACCUCACCUGCCUCUCCCUGCCUGUGAGCCCCGAGACAGCUCCUCUCCCAGGUCCAGCACAGGCAGGCGCUGGGCAGCCACUUCGUGAGGGGUGCGUGGGUGUCAGGGAAGAGGUGGGUCUCCCUGCACCCCACUCUCAGGAGGUCAGGAUCCACAUCCGUCGCCUGCUUUCCUGGGCUUCCCCUGGGGCUUGUGGGCGGAGAUGAACCCCUUGUGCCUUGCCCCAGGCCCUCCCUCACUCAGGCAAGGCCCUGCCUGGCAGGUGGUUCUUCCCUGGCUGUUCCCUUCCAACAGGCGGGGCCCCGAUCAUCCUACUGCUUUGGACCUGGAGACAUUUCCUUAACUGGGCUUUGCGGCAGAGGGAAGAGAAGAGUGGCAGAGCCAGGCACAUACCUCCUGUACCCAGGACAGCACCCGCAAGCAAGGGGGAAGGUCACCCACCCCAGAACCCAAAUGGAGAGAAAGUCAAGACAACCACCCCUGACCUAGGGUUGCACCAACCCCUGAUGUCUGACCCCACUGUGGCUAUCCUUAGAGCCAGGAGGGCUCCAGAAGCCCACCCGCCUCAAAGCUGUUCAGGGAGCCUCACGGCUGUUUGCAACAUGGGUGUGUGCCAAGGCCAAGGGGACACAGAAGAUGGCAGGAUGACACUAAUGGGGUUAGCAGGGCACACUGGUGCCUCCCACACUGCUCUCCAGCACCAGGCAGGGUCACCACAGCUGACAAGCACCAGGCCUGGGGAUGGGUGAGGAGACAGGGUUGUUGAGAAGGGGAAAUGGAAAGCUAGUCAUCCGUGGCACUCAGGGCUGGGUGGGCCAGGGAAAAGAGGGCGGAGUCCUGGACCCAGCCUCCCUCCUGGAGGUCAGAGUAGAGCACCUGGCACU